AUGCGAACAGACGGGCCUCAUCAUCCCUUCCACGUUAAAAAGGAAUCAUCGACACCAUCAGCUCACGUGGCAGGGGUCAACCCAUUUAACGAGCAGCGUAAGCGGAAAAUGAGGACUGUUAAACUUCAGCUCGACUACGUUCUGACGAGGAACAUCCCUCAGUCAGAUAUCCGAAAAUCUAGAGCUGUUUGGGACGUCGCGUUCGAUUCUGACCACCGUCCAGUUCUUCUCAACUUCAAGAUACGGUUCCACAAGAGAAACCGAGGAGUUCCUCUUCAACCGAAAAUUGACAUGGCAGUACGGACCAGGAAGAAGCUUAGCGAUGCGGACUCCUUCACAAAGAGCAUCCAGGACGCUACAAGGGAAACACUCCCGGUUCUACUGCAGCGGAAGAAGUUUGCCUUUGCAUCUGUGGAAACAAAUUCCACGUACAAUUCUGUAUGUGUCGCGCGCAGCACUGGUGACUUCAACCAGAACAGGCGUCUUAGAAGGAAGUUGCAUCGUCAACUGCAACAAGAUCGCGAUACCGAGUGGACGUCAAGAGCAAUGGAGUUUGAAAAGGCGUGGGAGGACCAAAACCGGCGGAAAGCCUAUGUUUACUAA